CUGCCUGCGACGCGCUGAGUGCGGAGCGACGAAACGCGCUGCAUACCAACAGAGACAUACAGAGCAGGCUCAUUUUUGUUCAGGGCGCACAGACUCGCAUGGUGACAGAAAAUACAUUCAUGUCAAGUCACUGGACUGUUUGAAUUCUGCAUUUCAUUCUCAUGCAUUGUCCAAAAUAGUCUCUCCGCUCUGCAAGGUGUAAAGAGACAAACUAAUUGUCUGGGAUAUUUGUUAUUGCUGCUGUAAUAUAUUUCUGGUUGAGUGAGUCUGCACCGGAGAGAAGAUAAACAGACCUCCCAGCCGCUAUCUCCGACGGGAAUCACCUAAAGGAAAAGUCAAGACUGAUGUUUUCGUCCACUCACAUGUAGAGGCGUUGGACUAUUGCUGUUGACAUUCAUCCACUGGGUCGUUUUUUAUAAACAGAUUCCCUGCAGCGGUACUCAAAGGGAGGAAUACCGAAAUCUUUGGCUGCAAAAACAAGAGAGAGAAAAAAAAUCAAUCAGAACUCAAUCAUGGGCUGCCCCCUCUUGUGGAACGCGUUUGCUGGGUUGAUCCUGGUUCUGCUGUCAAAAGGGUCCAGUGUACACGGAGCAGAAUUCGGACACCUGCCGGACAACAUUACAGUGUUGGAAGGCGAAAGCGUCACUUUGAGGUGUCGGAUCGACGAAGAGGUGACCCACAAGGCUUGGCUGAACCGCUCCAAUAUCCUUUUCACGGGGACAGAUAAGUGGUCCCUGGACAAGCGUGUGACCCUGGUCAACAGUAACAACAGUGACUUCUCCAUUCACAUUGAAAAUGUGCAAGUGCACGACGAGGGGCCUUACACCUGCACCUUCCAGGCCAACAACAAGCCCCGCAUUGCCCACGUCUACCUCAUUGUCCAAGUGCCGGCCAGAAUCGUCAACAUCUCAAAAAACGUGUCGGUGAACGAGGGAGAGAAUGUAAACCUGUACUGUUUGGCGGUGGGCCGGCCUGAGCCCACUGUCACCUGGAAAGACCAGAAAUACGGGCUGGUGAGUGACGGGGAGUUCCUGGACAUCACUGAGAUCAAGAGGCAGCAGGCGGAGGACUACGAAUGCAUCACCAACAACGGCGUGGCUCCCCCCGACCAGCGCAAGGUCAGAGUCACAGUGAACUACCCUCCCAUGAUCACAGACGUGAAAAACAUGCCAGCCCAUUUGGGAAAGACAGCCAUCUUACGUUGUGAAGCCAUGGCCGUUCCUCCAGCCUCAUUUGAGUGGUACAGAGAUGACCACAGGCCGGUAGAGAGUGACAACACCCUAAGGAUCAAAAACGAGAAGACGCGCUCGCUGUUGCUCGUCACAAAUGUGACAGAAAAACACUUUGGCAACUACACCUGCUUUGCCUCAAACCGCCUGGGGGCUUCCAACGCCAGCAUGUUGCUGUUCCGACCGGGAGCCCUAAAGGGCCGAGGGACCGGUCUACAUGCAUCGAUGAGCGUCAGCAUGUGUGCUUGGGUUUCCCUCACGGCUGUUCUCCUGCUGAAGGUGUAAUGAUCAAACUCCUCCAGGAAUUGUCCUUAAACGCCCCUGAAAGCCCCAGCUCUCCCUCCCCCUCCUUCUCUCCCCAACUACGGAAGGAAAAACCGAAAUGAAAUUCUUUAAUUACGAACCCAUCACUGUGAACAAAAGAAUAUGCAUUAUUCCAGGAGCCAUUGAAUCAUUGCAUCAAACACACAACUCCCCCACUACCCCCCACCCCUAAACCCCAGCACCCUCAAUUCAAUUUUGAGGUCGACUCAUUGUCAUUAUCUCCUCCUCCAUUUCUCACACAGCGUCUGUCUCUCUUUUUUUGUCUCCCAGAAUGCCUUGCAGAUUUGUCUGACUUGGCACUCCCCACCUCCCUUCCCUCAUCUUGUUUUUACCCAUUAUUACCACUGGGCAUAUGUUAAUAGAGUGUAAAUUAAUGAAAAUUGUGUUGGUGAUCAAUGAGAAAAUAGAAAAUCUAAUAACUGGAUGAUCUCUUAUGUAUCAUAGACUAAGGACUGACCUACAAUGUUUGCCUUAUGGAAAUUAUACAUGAAAUCACAUUAUUAUGGUGGAUAUUUAUGGAAAUGAUAGUCACUGGUGGUCGUGUGACCUUUUGAAAAUUGACCAGUAGGUGGCCACGCGAAGCGUCACUCUUUGAUCACACACGCAACAACAACACAAACACACACACGUAUUGCUUUUUGUUGAUUUCAACUGUGUAGCAGUGAAGCUGCUCUGAAUGAUGUCAAAAUGUAUAAAAUAAAAUAAAAAAAGGUUGGGUAGUGACGGUGUCAGUCUCAACUACCCCUUUAUGUAAUUUAGGGGUUCAUAGUGAGAUUCCGCAUGUAGACGCCCCCACCACCCAAACCUUUUUAGCCCCUCCCUGCCCCUCUGUUCAGCGUGCUCUGUCUAGUCGACCCUACGCAUUGCUAUGGUGUUCUCUACUCUGUGUCACCCCUCCCUCCUCCCCCCUCGCUGCCCCUCCCCAGUGUAAAUAUAUGCAGUAAAGAGGCCACGCCGGCGACUUUGAGUCGCCUUGAGCCGGGAAAACAUCUCCCAUGAGCCUCGACUACGAUCCAGUCCUCCGAAGCAGCAAGAGACUGUCCACUGACAACAAUAUCUUCUGUUUCAAAGCUGCGGCUCCAUCCUCUUUGUCGCUUGUUGAUAGCAUGUACUGGUUAGAGAUGUUCCUGUUGUGAGUCCAUACACUCCCUCCCUCCCUGCACUGUGUCUGUUUUACUCUGCAAGGUUACCUGCUUUUACUUUUUUGGUGUUAAUAAUACUACUGAUGAUGAUGAUGAUGAUGAUGACGAUGAUGACGAUGAUGAUGUUAAUAAGUAUUUGAAUAACUAUGAAUAGUAAUUCUAUGUGAGAAAAAAAAAAAUCUGAUGGUGAAGAGCCGUGCGUGGGAAAAAUAGUUUUUGUACUCACACACAUCAAAUGACUACAAUGAAAAAAAAAUAACAAAAAAAAAAAAGGUGUAAAGUUUUCGAAGUGAUGUGCUCUAUUUUGCCAUGGCAAGCUUUUUAAAAACACAUUUGAAAUAUUUUGAGGGAUCAUUUCAUCCGAGGCCAGAAAUGGUGGGUGAUGAUGUAAUUUAUAAUUUUUAACAGUUUAUGUGUUUGACUCUUUUGUCAUGCUGUUAACUGCAUUGCACACACAUUUGUCCUAUUAUCAUAGUGUGUAUUUCUCUGACCGGCUAGAUAAAUGAUUUGGAUCCAUGUCAGUCUCUGGUCGUGGGUGUAAGUCAGUUCUUGUUCUGCCAGACCGCAGGGAGAUAAAGAUGUAAUUAGCCGUUACCUGUGGCUGGCUAAGUGAAGGAGCCCGGGCUCCACCUGUCCUUCCCGCCGCCCAGUUAUGGCCCCCAUAAAUCAAGCUCAAUCCUGCCACUGACAGGAAUCCUCUUCAAGGACAACCUUGCCUCGGCGCAUCACUACUCCCUCCAGUACGUACCUGUGACAUGCAGGCACGGGCACUACAAAACCCCCCACGGCACAAUUAUCCAGCCACUUCCCCCGCGCAGCACAAACAGUGGGAGGAAAGCACGCCUUUCCAAAAACGGUGGCACUCGUUUCUCCCCUGAAAACCUGCUCCACUCACAUGCAGCGACUAUAUGCAAAUUUGCCAUAACAAGCCUGCACGGAGAGAUGAGUGCACCCCCGGCUGAACCCUGACUACUGCCAUCUGAACGGGGAGUUACUCGACACUGAAUCAAAUGUCUGAAUGUGUUUGGUUUUAUUGGAAUUUUGUUUCAAAGCAGCAAUAACCCCUAAUUCUACUGUGCAAAGAGAUAUCAGUCAUGGUUAAAGCUGUGUUGUACUAUCUGGAAAUUUGCCAUUAACAAGGUAUAUCAAAUAAGUCUGUUGUUGUACUUUUAUCGUGUACAGUACUCUAAGAUGAUUGUGAAGCUCUGUUUAAAUGGCCCUUAAACUAAAACAUUACAUGUUGUACUCCAAAAGUCUUGCCCUCUCUGCAAUGUAUUUGGAUUGUGUGCCAGCGAGCACACAGUGUGCAUGCAUCUUUUUGCUCCAAAAACAACAAUGGAUUCCAUUUCAAGCACAAGAGCGGGUCGUUUGGUCAGUGCUCCUUUUUUCUGUCUUCUUUUCACUCUCUCUCCGUUUCUGUCUUUUACAUCAUGUUGUUUCUAUCUGUCACUCAGAUUGUGUUCUGUUUUUUUUUUUAUGUUUUUGUUUUUUUUAGUGGCACAUAACAUCUGUAUGUACAUAAUCUGUCCUUAUGAUGACGAACAAAAAAAACACAAAAAAUACAAGAUAAAAAAAAAAAUACACGGACAAAAAAUAACAUACUGUCAUGUUUCUCAGUGUGGGUUUGAAAAAAGCACGUUGGUGUUGGUGUAUGGGUGGAUUUUGAAAAAAAAAAUUACAUUUUUAUUUCUGUUCAGGUUUUUGGUGAAAGGGUCCAGACGGCAGGAGGGGGAAUCAAGUGAUACAACUUGAAAUGGUGGUGUGGUUAAAAAUUGAAUGUGAGCAUCUAAAUUGUCCAUGAUGUACAGUUGUGCAGUGCUGUGCAAAAGUUAUACGCCGUGCAGUAAACCAAAUGUUUCUCGUUGCACUCGAUCUCUGCGUUUUUUCCAUCUUGGAGAACUUGCACACAGUGUCCAGCCCUCUGCAGAUUUAGUCUGCUUCUCUGUCCUCUGUCUUUUCACGUAACCCCGUCCUGACUUGACGAUGUUGAGCUCAAGUCUCUGAGGGAGCCACAGCAUCUGUUGCAGGUCAUUUUCCUUCGCUGGAAGGACUCUGGCUGUAUGUUUGUGGUAGCGAUCGCACAUUAACGAGGUUAUUUAAACCGAAGCCCAACUCCUCUUACUGGUGUUAUGAGAUGCCUAAACAUCUAAAGUUAAAACCUUUGCACAGUACUGUAAAUGAGGAAGGAAGGAACCGGAGAGGAUGGGGGCAAGAUGGCAACAGCUCCCCUGGGUGUACAUUUUGAGGGCAGACGAGGACGCUGCUCAGCGAGCACCCCUGACAGGCCUGUGGGAGGAUAUCCUGACAAUUCAAAUCCACAAGCCGAGAGCCAGAGGGAGAUGAGAUGACACUAACCAGACAGUGAACUCUCCAUUUAGGGAGAGAACACAGACAGACAGUCAUAUUUCCAAAUUUGAGAGCCGUGGUCUUUCCCAGGAGAAGGUGUACCACAAACUAUUUAUGGUGGCACUAUGUAAUAUGAACAGCAUUAACAUAGCCUUGAUCACAAACACAGUCUGGCCCACUUCAAGUGUAUAAAUAACACCCCAACUGGGGUUCAGUGAGUUUACAGUGAUAUAAACAAGACGUUUCCUCAGCCCCUAAUUACUUUCUGCGCACCCUGAUGAGAAUGUGUUGAUUGGCUCCUGUAGCUGAAGGUUAUGAUUAUCUGUUUACAGAAUUGUUGUUAAUAAUGUCCCACAAAGCUGUUGUUUAGAGCUCACAAAACUAGCAUGUGUCCCAGUUUACAAUAUAGUGGAUUGUGUCACAUUUUAAUUUUUUUUUUCAAGCGGUUGGUUUUAAAUGUUUGCAGCAUUAUGAAACGGACUUUAGGAAGAGGAGUAACUUUGAAGUAGGUUUCAAAGCGUUGUGCUUUUGCUGAGAAGGGUCAGGGAAUCAAGCUUUUUAUGGUGUGAGGACGGAUACUGCGCACCGUUCCUGAGUAUAAUUUAAUUGUUAUGGUGCUCUAAAGUCAAUACCGAAAAAUAGCAAAAGGCAGUACAGAUAAGGUGUGAAUGUACCUCUUUUUUUUUUUGUGUUACACGUGGCAGCCCAGCUCCAGCUGAGUUCUUUCCUAUAACACCCUCGCCAUAUAGAACAGAUCCUGGACAGACUUUCAAUUCAGUAUGCAAUGGUUAAUCAAUACAUUCGACUGAAUGGCUUUGGAAUAGAGCAAUUUCUCCGCGGCCUGCCGUACCAGGUCCCCAGAAGCUAAAUUGAUCAAGUGUCCAUAGACCAGCCUUAGAACAGAGAGCAUAAUUCAUCAUGCCUGAUACAAGACACCCCUAAUUGCGCAUUGAUUUUAAGCCCUUCUCUGAAACUAUUUGGGCAAGCUGUAAUGUCAGCUCAGUAAACUAUGUCUUCAGAGCUGUGGUUCAGAUCCAAGAAAUGAAGAAUUAAUCAUUUCUUUUUCUUUUCAAGUCAAUCCAGGCAGUUUUUUUUUUUGUAUGUUUUUUGUUUUUUUUUCUCUCCACUACAUGCUGUGUUGUUAUCCAUAAUUGCUGCCUUUGGCACUGUAUGUAUUUUUAUUGUAUGUCAUUUGUAAUCACAGCAGCGUAACCUGGAGAUUUUGCAGAGGCCGACUAUGUGGUGGCAGCCAUACGAGAUCUAGAAGCUAAUAUCUUGGGCGAGAAACGGCCAAAUGUAACGUGUGCGUGCGCAACACAAGGUUAAGAAAUCAUGUGUGAUGUGAACAUUUGCAUGCGUCGAAGCGCCGGAGUCGGCAUAACGAAAUAGGAUAUGCAGAGUUACAAUUAUAUGUGAAUGAUUCAUUGUUUGAAUUCCCCUUCUCAUGUCUUUUACAGCAAAGCAGGGCUAAUUCCCAUAUAUUAUAUUAAUUAGCCACUAUUUACCAAGUACCUACAGGCUCAUUUGGUUCUCGUGAGCAAAGCUGCUGUACUUCUGCAUUACCACAGCUAAUGAGUGCAUUGGUAUACAGGAUAGAUAGAUAGAUAGAUAGAUAGAUAGAUAGAUAGAUAGAUAGAUAGAUAGAUAGAUAGAUAGAUAGAUAGAUAGAUAGAUAGAUAGAUAGAUAGAUACUAGUGUGUAUAAUAGAUGCAGGUCAGGUCAGGUCUUCUUUAUAUAUAUACAACCUCUGCUUGCAGCUAAGGUGUUGCACCCCACAGCCUCCAGCCUCACCGUCUUCCUCACUGUAACUGAUGUGUGAGGCUAAUUAAUGGCAUGCUGCACUCCACCAGCUGAGCAACAGCAGCGUUCACACGGACCGUGCAACACAACAGAGGCAUCUCGCCCACCAAGUCUCCCCCUAGUCAUUAAGUCGCCCGCCUCACAUCUCCAACACAGAAAGAGUCUCAUUUCUUGGCCUUUCUGAUUUACCAUCCCACGCCUGGCAUUUUCCUUGUCAAUCAGCCAAGGGGUAAAUAUUGGUUGUGGUGUUGAGAGCUGACAGGGGAAACUUGGAUUUCUUUCACAAGUGACAGCGCCAGCUGGUGAUUUAUAUUGCAGUUAUGCGAUGGAUGGAUUGCCAGGCUGCGGCGAAGUCAUCGGUGAACCCUGCACAAGUGUCUUAUGUAAGGUGUGCUGGAGGCUGAGAUAUGUGACAGGAUGUGCGAUGGGGCUGGUCAACGUGCCUCAAGAUGAGAAAUAGCUCCGAGGAUUAGGCAGUCACUGCAAAUGUCAUAUUUGGAAACUAAUUACACAUUUUUACCAAAAGAGAGCCACCAGGUAUAAUGGCAGGAACGGUGUCUGUGGUUAGUGUUUAAUGUGGAAAUCUUCUCUCUUCUUCUUUUACUCUCGCUGCACAGAUUCCUUUAAUCUUGCUGUCUUCAAUUAAAAAGUGGGGAUUAUCUGUAAAAAUGCCCUCCCACCCCACAGUGCUCCAGGUUUGCCCACUCUGCGAUGGCUGAUCUAAAUGGUGUGCGUGUGCGUACAGGUGUUGUCUAUGUUGAAGUGUAAUUCAAGGGGCCUCACAUGCGAGAAGUAUGUCAACAUCUGUGUGUGGGUGUGUGUUUCCCCCGACCUGCACGGACAGGUUGUUUGGUUCGUCCAAAACACACACCGAUGUCAAUGCAAACACAAGACAGAAUGAAAGGAUCAAAACAUUUGUCUUCCACCCUUGACAGAUGUUCAGUGCUGUGAAGUGGUGAUUGUACUUCUUUUUGAUUCCUUUAGUUAUCUUCUCUGACUUUUUAUUUUGGAGUGUAUUGCUUUUUUUUUUGCUUUUUUUUUUCAAAAUCCAUGAAGUGGAGUUAAAUAUGAUAUCAAGUGGAGGGAGGCAAAAAAAUAAAAAUCAGUUUUGUUUUUAACAGAA